AUGGCUAACAACCGGACCCUUUAUUUGACUUCAAUGUGGUCACUGGAGGAUCAAGGGAUCCCCGAAAUCCGAGAUAAGCUCAAGGCAUUGAAUCCCGGUGCUUCGAUCAAGGUCGAGUAUCAACGUGAUAAACAUAUCUUGGUCGUCACUGGUCAGUUCGAUGAGGAACUUGACGUCCAAAUCACGUCGCUCCUUGCAAGCUAUAUCGAAGAGCACCGCGACGAUGAUCUACUUGAGAUGCCCAGAGUUCGUCAACUUCCAGCCUCGACCUACUUCGAUCGCAAUCCCCUCCCUGGCUAUGGAAGCGAUGCGCAGCCAAAGGUGGAAACCCUAGUGGAGGAUAUUAUGCCGACACAACCCACUGACGAUGGAUCCAUUGUCAAGUUCUGGUAUCCCUCGCAGGCGGGAUUGGGUCCAAUCUCUCAUGCCUCGGGCCCUCUCCUACUUCGUAUUUCCAAAAUGACGAAAACACAAAUCAAAGUGCAGGGAGCUCGAGGGCUCCGUAUUUCUGCACAACACAUGGACCACAUCGAUGAGGCAAUGGAUAUACUCGACUCCCUUGAAGAAUGUUUGGAUCUCAUUGAGAACCCAAACCGAGGGGUGAUUAUCUUCACUCCGAAGCGAGAAGAUGCUACCUUUCGCAUCAUGGCAUAUUCGCAGAUCAGCGCCACUGCCUUGGGGCGCAUUUUAAUUGACCGAAAUGCCUCUCUUCGUCUCCCAAAGAUAAUGACCCUGGUGGUCUGCGAAUUCGACGAAUUUGCCAAUGAGUUCCGUCCACUUCGGAAACUUCGGCAGCCGCCGCAAGUGCCCCUGAAAGAUGCGAGAAUUACCCGAGACUGGGAAGACUAUCAUUUCCCAGAGAUCGGUCGGAAAGCCGAACCCCCUCUAGCGAAAAUUGACCAGCAUCUUGCGCCUAAAGGUGAGACCUCUCAUGAGAAGAGCGAUUCUCGGCACCCGUAUCUAUCUACUGGCAAGGCAAAGGAUGUCGACAAAUGGAUCUCUCGGGGUGUCGAUAAACGGCCAUUGGCAACCGAAAGUCAUACAAAAAGACCACUGGAAGACCAGCCCACCUCCCCUAAGCUUGUUGCGCCCAAGCCUGAGCCCAGCGUUUCUGUGCCACUGGACCGGAGACAGGCUGGUCCGUUCAAGCCCAAUCCCGCAGGCGUCAAAGGACGCGUGGUUAUGCUACCAGAUGGAACCGUAGCAACCUCUAGCCAGUCUCGACAAGAAAAGCCAACAGACACCCCUCGUGGACCAAGUACCUCCAUGUUUGGUAGACUCAGCUAUGUGGAGAGAAACAGGAAGCAACAGGUAACCGGUUCAUCUGUCUCACUGUCUCAGCAGAAAGGACCCAUUAGUCUUCUUCGUAGGCCGACCGACUGCACUGCUCCAAAUGCAGCUUCUCAAACAUCGGGAACAAUGUCUGAGGCAACCGGUCCUGUCUCUUCUACAUAUUCUACCUCUACUGAGGAACAAAAGUCACUUGCUACACCUCGUCUCGCAGCUCUAUCCUCUCCGACUGAGCACUCGGCGCCGACCACCAACAAUAGACAGGUCCGGGCCCUCGGCAUAGCCGAGACAAUGAAUUUGAAGGUGAUUACGAAGCCUCCAGCGCGAAGUGUUGAUUCAGUGAUGGGGGAGAUAAAGCUAAUGCUUGGGACGGCCAAGACCCCGAGGGAAACCGGAAUAGACGAAGUGUCCAGCAAGCCAAAGAUAACGGAUCAACAGCCAACCACCACAUCCACUCGGCCGGAUCGCACUCCAGAGGAAACAGAAGACCUGAUUGAUCUUGAUUGCGAAGUGACAAGCCUCAACAGUGGUUUUCAACACAUUCCCGCGUUCAAUCCGCUGGCCACGGCCUCAUCGAGUGGUUUUCCGGAACAGUCUACAGAUGCUCAACAUGGCCAAUUCCAGCAUGGCGAGGCUGCCACCUUUACUGAAACUGGUGAUAUUUUCGAUAUGCCCAAUAUCAACGAGACAACUACGCAACCUCAGCUAACUCACGACGUCUCUCCUUGUCCUGAGCCAACCCAAGGUCCGAUGGUGCCCCGUGCGACAACUCCAGCGUCUGUUACUAGCGAACCAUUCCAACCAGGGCUCGUUACAAGUGUGACAUUGCCUGAUUCAGAAGUUGCUAGUUCUUCUGAUGAGAGAGCCGCAUCCGAAGACAAACAGAAACACGAACAGGCUCGCGAAUUCCGCAGCAAGGCCGAUGAGGUAGCGCUGGAAUACCUGCUUCGGCAGAUCAAGGAUAAUCCUGCCCCGGAAAUUUCUAGCAUUGAGGAGAUUGCGCUACCUCUUGAUGCUAGCAUUGUUGAUCCUGCACCUCGAGCUCUGUCUUCUAUCUCGCGUGAUAGUGCUCCGCGUGAUAGUGCUCCCCGUGAUAGUGCUCCUCGCGAUAAUACUCAGCAACGCCAACACCCUGGUCAGGGGACUGAGAGAGUGCCCUUUCUUCAUCCUGACCUCAUUGAUAUCUCACCUCAUAUGCUUUCCCCUCGCUUGGGUCGUGACUCUUUGAAACAAUCCGAGUCCGAAAAUGGUGAGCAAGAUGCGGGAACAGAGGUUGCCGAAAACCUGGCUGUCUCAGAUGAAGCUCAGACAAGAGAAUUCCACGAGACAAUGUUCCAUCAACGGCCUCCUGACAAGACCUUUCAAUGGGUGGAUGAAGUAACCAAGGCAGUGCGGAAGGCAACGAAGGAAGUUCAGACUGCUAAUGCCUUGCAGCGGAAGGAAAAUGUUGGGCCCAACUCAGAGAACAAGGAAAAAGUUCAAGCCCCCAUUUCUAACUUCUGGCAGCGAAGAAUAGGAUCCAAACCAACAGAAGCACAGCCACAAAAAAGCACUGCAUUGCCCACGAAGGCGACUGUGAAAUCAUCAAGAGAAAAGCACAUGCAUGAGUCAACAGAGACUCUAUUUCGCUUCCUUCAACCAAUUCUUGAUUCGGUUGGCAGCUUUCCUGGAAUGUUGAGCCUGGAAAUCCAGUUCGGGCUUAUGUUCAUGCCCAGCCUGCCAGCUUCAACUAAAGAGAGGGAGAUGAGUUACAAGGAAGUUCACCAGCUGUUCUUCUCGGAGCAUAACUUGACACCACCUCCGAUUUCAUUCUUCGAACGUUUGACUUCAUCUCCUGCGGACAUUGACUUCCUCGUCGACUUGGAAGUCAACCAAAGUCGCCUGUUCGAUCAAAAAUACAGCCACCGAGGCGUAAAGUACGAGUUCUGGUGCCGCGUCGGUCCGAACAGGACCAUUGUCGUUUCAGUCAAUGAAUAUGGAGAUGCUAUGAUCCGCUAUCCUGAGGUCUCGUUGGGCACGGUGCACUUGAGUUUCCCUUCACAAGUCUGGGAUGCAGCUGCCAGAGUACGAGGCUUUAUCGAGUACAAUACGGGCGCUGACCCAGAGCUUGAAGAAGCUGCACGAAUGAUGGCGAAAAGCAUCCAGAUAGAGCCAAACAAUAAACAUCUUCGUAUGCUGGUCCGUGUUCCUCCUGUGUCAAAGAUCAAAGUUGACAAGGUGUUCAUGGAACGGUGGAGCCGUCACUCUUACCUCUCGCAAAAGAGCAAGGAUAUAUUUCUCCAAAUCAGCGAAACUCAAGAGCUCCUUGCCACCCCUUCCGUUCUGGAUCAGGGUAUCAUGGUUUUACAGAACGUCCCGCUUGAGAAACUGGUCAAAGAUGGAAACCAGUGGUGGCAAGCCUCGAUUGUCAGCAGCAAAGUGGACGACAUAAUGAAAUCAAAUUCCUUCCUCCAACCUGGUGACCGCAAUGAGUCCUGGUGUGCGACAGAUCUCCUCGGUGCAGACGUCGCGAAUGUCGUCCCCUCUACUGCAGACCAAGAGCUGAGUACCCUCGGAGCCGAAGUCGGUCAUUCGGGAAUCGGCGCAAUGUUCCAGCUUGCCAAAACCGUCGUUCAGAAGAUCGACGCUGUGGGCUACUACAAUAGAGGUCCGGCCAGUCUUGACAAGCGCACGAACACGUCGAACGACCGCAGCCAGGGUGGUUCAGGUACGGUCAAGGAGUCGUCUACUUACUUGGGAAAGCAAAUGGUGCCCUGGGUUCCGCAAACUGGGACUAAGGAAAAGCACAAGUGGUGA